GGUCAGCGUGACGUCACCGGUCUCUGGAGAGGGGGGGGCGGGGCAGCAGGUGAGAGCAUCGCUUCCUCUCUGCUCUCAGAGACGCGGCGCGCGCGGUGGAGUAGCGGAGCGCAGCUAUGGGAAAGCUUCAAGAAUUUGAUAUCACUUUUGCCAAUAACAAGGUGGUUUACAGCCCCGGAGAGACCGUCAGCGGGACCGUGAAGAUACGAACCGGCCACUCGCUGCACUACAAAGCCAUCAAGGUGAACUGUCACGGCUCAUGUGGGAUCUCCAAUAAACUGAACGACGCCUCGUGGGUCCUGGAGGAGCAGUACUUCAACCGCACGGUCUCUGUUGCCGACAGAGGAACCCUGGCGCCCGGCGAGUACACGUUCCCCUUCCAGUUUCUCAUUCCAGUCGCUGCUCCGACUUCCUUUGAGGGACCCUUUGGGAAGAUCAUUUACCGUGUGAGGGUGAAUAUUGACACGCCCCGCUUCUCUAAGGACUACAAAGCCCAGAAACCUUUCUACCUGCUCAACAUGCUGAACCUAAAUGAGGUGACAGACAUUGAACAUCCCAAUGACACUGCAACCACAAAGAAGUUCAGCUACCUCCUGGUGAAGACGGGGACCCUGAUGCUGAAAGCUGGCAGUGACCUGAGAGGUUACAUCCCCGGCCAGGUCAUCAAGUUAUCCACCGAGAUCCACAACAAGUCCGGGAAGGACACUGGAUGUGUGCUGGCCAGUCUCAUACAGAAAGUGACCUACAAGACCAAGCGGCCUGUGUUCGACCUGCGGACCAUCGCCGAGGUGGAGGGAGCCGGAGUGAAAGCAGGAAAACAUGCGGAGUGGAGAGAGCAGAUCAUCGUCCCUCCUCUGCCGCAGUCAGCACUGGACGGCUGCAGCCUCAUAGACAUCGACUAUUUCAUUCAGGUGUCCCUAAAGUCUCCGGACGCGGUCGUCACUCUGCCCAUCUUCAUCGGGAACAUCGCCGUCAACUUGUCUCCGGCGAGGCCCGCGCUGGCCCCUCCACACCUCCGCGGCGCUACAGGUGCGGCGGGCGUGACACCGAGUGCUCCGCCCGCGGAGGAGGAGCCGGAGGAGGGGCUGUGUGCAGGCGUCGUGCAGGCCAGUGAGGAGAUUCCCACCAAGAGUCACUCCCAGCAGGAUCCAUCAGGUCAACCGGUCAACAUGUCCCCCAGCGCCUUCAGCCACGCACCGUUUGGGGCCCCGCCUCCCGGACACACACGGCCCGACGCAUCCGCCCUGUUCUGUGUGUCCACCGGGUCCACCAUACCCUUCUUCACCGAGGGAAACGUGAAUCCUGUCCCCACUUCCUGCUCUCUCAUCCUGCCUCCAGAGUACAGCAGCUGCGACUACCCUCAUGAGCCCCCGCCCAGUUACGAGGAAAGCUGCAGUAGCGCCACCUCCAGUUUCAAUGGUAGACAGUAGAGAGGAAGCAGCUGACGAAGCAUCAUGGCCCCCGACCACCCCCACCUUUCUGCUUUCGUCAUUCUCGACAAAUCAAUACAGAGACAUGGCGGGUUACAGAGGAUGGACCAUAACUCCACCCCCACAACACCCCAAAGAUUGUGUCUUGGUUCUUCAAUAAGUAAAACGAGGAAAGAAAAAGCGAUCUUAACUUAUAUGGAAUAUAAGUUUACUUUGUUGAGUCCCAUCAGGUAGGGUCAGACAGACACAACGGGUGAACAUCACUGUGCCUAAAAGAAGUGUUUUGGAUCAUCACUUAGCAUUUUUUUAAUAUUCACUCAUUUGUUUUGUUCCUUUCAAGGGGCUCAAUUCAGCGCUUUCUGUCUGUGUCUCAGUUGUCCUCAACUAUGUACAUAUAUAUAUAUAUAUAUAUACAUAUAUACAGUAAAAACAACUCACAUUAAAAAUAAAUUUACAUAUGUAUAUAUAUAUAUUUUUAAUGUGAGUUGUUUUUACUGCUACAUAUAUAUAUAUAGUAUUAUUAUUAUUAUUGCAUGAACUAGAAGGAAGCAGGUGCAAAAGAGAAGCAGGGUGGAGAAAACAGAUGUUUUGCCCGCAGAUGAGGCUCCUUUCUCCUGCAGCUGGAUGUGGGGACUGCAGUGAUGACUCAGUCCAUGUCCGUCCUCUUGUGGCCGCCACUGGUAUGAACUCAUGUCCACCUCCCUGCAAAGUGAAAGGCUUCAGCAGUCUUUGCUUCCGCGGUGCACCGGGUGAGGUGAGAUGUUUCAAUUGUUGAUUGAGCCGAAGGGACAAAAUGCGGGCUUGAGAUGUGAUGCAGCGGUUUCAGUAUGAAUGUUAAUUCCUGUCUGUUGCCUUAACGUUCUUUUAGUUUUUCAUCUGUGAGACGUACUUGUGCACAACACAGCACCUUUUAGUAUUUGUGUGAAUCGGACCCAUUGGGACGAGUUCACCUACGGCGUGUUUUCCCUCAGACUGAACUACUUCCAAUAGAUUCUUGAUUUAGCGUCUUUGUUUUUGUGAGAGACAUUUUCUUUACCCGUGUUUGAGGGCUGGAGGAUAUUUCCACACGUUCAGGCUUUCAUUUUCAGUCUGAUCUUGUGAUGUUAUUUUCAUGCUAUAACUCGAUAAAUAUCUCAUGUCGAAAUGAGCUCAUCUUACCUCUUCAGACUUUAUUUAAAAGUAACCAAGAAUUGGAUGUCAUAACAGUUUGAGAGAAAUCUGUUAUUUUCUGAAUGUUUUUGAGGUCCUUCCUAUAUGAUCAGAACAGAAAAGCAUCAGAGCGAUGAUGUUUGAUCUCCUGACCGCAGAUCACGAUGCCAAGUGUUUUCCAGAUUUUAUUUGACCUUGGGGAAGACAUCAGCUCCGAGCACAGACAAACCGCUGUAACUGUCAGCCAGACGUCGGUGUCUUGGCUGUACAUUUUUGUGAAUGCACGCCUUAAACUAUCCUUAAAUUCUCACCACCUCUUACGAGAGCUUGUGAUGGACUUCUCCUCUGCUCUGUCGGGGCAUUGGGGUGUGCAGCUGUUUCUGGUUUUAUAUCCUGUGAACUGUGCUUAAUCCACCUGAUGUAUAUGUAGCUUUUAAAAACAGCGAGGACACUGGAUCUCAGGCCUGUUUUUAUUCAUUUUAUAGAAAAUAUGUGCAAUUCCUUUCAUCUCCAAGAAUGCUGCAGCACUAACUCCCUGAAGGCACGACACGCUGCUUUUAUCAAUCCUGAUUCUGUUUAAUUAUUCUCCAUCAAAUGGUACUAUAGCUUUAUGAAGCCCCAAUUAUUCUGUGUCUUUUGUUUUUUCAUCCUUCCCCCCACUCACAUAUUGAUGAGUGGUGUCUGGUUUUGUAAUUUUUCUACUUGUUAAACUGUUUACAGGUGCGUAUGCAGAUAACUAUCGUCGCACCUCAAUCAGGAAAUGUAAUAUUUUAGCAUUCAGUGAAGAAUCAGUUGUACUGUACAGUAUAACAAUAAAGACAUAAGACGUG